CAUAGACCAAAAAACAGGCAUGGAGGAGGGUGGUGUCUUGUGUAUGAUCCAUAACAAAACAUUUCUUCCCAUUUUCUUAGCAAAUCUUAGUUAGACCCUUCUCUUUCCAUGUCCCUUUACUCUACCUUUUUCUCUCUUUCUCUCUCUCUUUCUCUUUCUCCCACACAAAUAUAAACUCAUCACAUUAGCACUUUGCCCCCAACAACUUGUUCUAACAGAGCUAGAACAGAGAGAAACAGAGCAAAACAGGGGAAAACAGAUAUGGAGUCAACAAUGCCAAGAAAGGCUCUAACAUGGUCGAUGCUCAUGGGGUUUGCCAGCUUCAUCAUAAUUCAUGCAUAUGCAGAAAACUCUGGUGGAGGUCAUCAUUUCUCCGGUGGAGGUCGUUUUCGUGACGAUAUGCGCAAAAUGCAAGAGUUCAAGGCCUCGCUUAUCCGCCAUGAUUCAAUUUCUGCUGCACCACCACCUUCAGUCUCGCCCUCUCCUUCUCCUAGCUAUGUUGAUCCUCCACCGGGGAGAAAUAGUGCACGUGUGUAUCACGUGACAUCGUACGGUGCUGAUCCAACGGGGGAAAGAGACAGCACUGAUGCACUUGCUGAGGCAAUAGCAGAUGCAUUUAGAGGACCAACUGAAGGGUUCUUGAUUGACGGAAUUGCCAAUCUUGGAGGUGCCCAGAUCAGUCUCGAAGGUGGCUAUUAUCGCAUCAGCAGACCACUCAGAUUGCCUGCAGCUGGAGUCGGAAACCUUAUGAUACAUGGAGGAACAUUACGAGCCUCGGAUGAUUUUCCAACUAAUGGGUACCUGAUUGAUUUAUCUGCUUCAUCAUCACCUAACGAGAAUGAAAAAACUUAUGAGAGCUCAAUUUCUGCACAGCUUUCUUCAUCCUCAUCCUACAGCUAUGAGUACAUAACCCUAAGGGACCUCAUGUUAGACUCUAACUACAGGGGUGGGGGCAUUUCAGUCAUAAACUCACUUAGGACCAGCAUAGACAAUUGUUACAUAACUCAUUUCACCACCAAUGGGAUCUUAGUCCAAAGUGGACAUGAAACCUACAUCCGAAAUUCCUUCCUAGGCCAGCACAUCACCGCCGGUGGUGAUCAUGGCGAAAGGAACUUUUCAGGCACGGCAAUCAACCUAAUGGGCAAUGAUAAUGCUGUGACAGAUGUGGUGAUUUUUUCUGCUUCUGUAGGUAUAAUGAUUUCGGGUCCAGCCAACAUACUUUCUGGAGUACAUUGCUACAACAAGGCCACUGGAUUUGGGGGCACUGGAAUUUAUUUGAGACUUCCCGGGUUGACGCAAACCCGAAUUGUGAAUUCUUACUUGGACUACACUGGUAUAGUUGCUGAAGAUCCAGUGCAGCUUGAUAUCUCAAACACUUUCUUCCUUGGUGAUGCUUACAUUGUGCUAAAAUCAAUGAAGGGAGUUGCUAAUGGGGUCAAUAUUGUUAACAACAUGUUUAGUGGGUCCAAUAAAGGGGUUGGAAUUGUUCAAUUGGACCAAUCAAAGGGGCCUUUCAAGGACAUUGGACAAAUUGUUGUGGACAGGAACAAUGCGAGGGGGAUGAACAUAAAGAGCACAGUUGGAAGGAGGUCUGUGCAAGGCAAUGGCACCUCCUGGACCAUAGACUUUAACCCAGUUCUUCUAUUUCCUAACUUUAUUAAGCAUGUGCAGUACACGUUAAGCACCGGCGGCAAUGCGUUCCCUAACCAUGCCCUGAGGAAUGUGUCGAAUAAUCGUGUUGUGAUUGAGUCGAAUGUGGCUGUUCCUGCUUCUGUUUUUGUGACAGUGGAUCAAGGAGUGGCAAACUGAAGCUCAUGACCUGAAUUUGUGUCGAGAUUGACAGGACAGUUGUGAAUAGGUCGGGAGAUGGAUACAUUUUCUUUUUGAUCAACCACUCUACUUUAGCCAAAAAUAUUAUUAUUAUAGACAAAAUUGGACCAUAAUACGUUUUACACUUGUAAUAGUAGUUGGAAGUACAAUAAAUCAAAUACAAUACAUCUGCAAAACUUAGCCCAAA